AAAUUCAGUCUUGUCUUGUAGAAAUACCAGAACUAUGUUCUGUUUAUAGAUGUGCUUUUAUGUUUUGGAGUUCUGAAAUUUGUCUCCAGUAAUAUCUGAUAUUAAAUAAAAAAAAUUUAACGUAAUACAGAGCAAUGUCCGACAUUGACGCAAAAGUAAACAUGUCUCUUGAUGAGAUCAUAAAGUUGGAGAAAAAGAAAAAAAAGAGCAGAGUAACUAAUGUAAAAGCAGGAGCGAAGAAAUUUCGUGGUGUGAAACCACGAAUUGAAGGUGGUAAUCAAAGACCAAACAGACAAAAUAAAGCUCAAUUUAAAAAACUUUUAUCAUGGAAGCAAGCAUCUAGUAAACUUCGUGGAGGUUUUAUCAGAAAAAGAUAUAAUAAAAAAGGUGGUUUAAUUAGAUCUCGUAGUAACUUAACUUUGAACCGUAAUUACAAAACAAAUACCAGAGAUGGAUUCACUCUAAAUCGAGGAUUUGGAACUAAAAGAAGAUCUGCAGACAAUAGACUUGGAUUAAAUCGUAACAAUAGUCAAGCAAAUUUACCUUUUAGAAAUAGCGGAUUUGUUAUUAAUCGAAGCACUUUGAAAAGGAAUUCUAACAGAAUGUCUAAUUUAAGAGAUCCUAAUUCAGUAUACAACCGAUUAGGAUACCAAAGUCCAGCACAAAUUGCGUACCGUAACAGAGUCAAAAGAGCUAAACAGCUUUUACUACAGCGACAAAAUCAAAGAAUGAAUUUACAAAAUGAAUUCAAGAUGGGAGGAGGUGUAAAGUCUUUGAGAUCACUUCAACAAAGAGCCUUAGAGCGCAGACAACAAAUUCUCACAUCUCAACAUCGAUUUAAUAUUGGUGGAUUAAGAUCUGAUCAAAUAGUACGAGCACAAAGACGUCAGCAAUAUGAACAGAAGCUGUUAAGACUUAAUUCUUCCCAGAUGAAUGCCAAUUCAAACGUGAAUUUCACUUGUACAUUAGGUUCUCCAUUUUCUCACGAAAUUGUACAACAACCUUUAAAUUUAUCUCAAAGGCAAAACAGGGAAAAUAUUGGUAACCUUCAUCAAUUACCAAGAGGAAGAACAGCUUUUCGGCAGAGUAUGCAAAAUUUAAAUAUUCUUGAUCGAAAUCAAUCCUUAAGCCAACAAAGAAGAUCUAGAUCCCGAUCAAGAUCCCGCAAUCGUGGUAUACUCAAUUUGGAAUCAUCUCUAAAUCUUGAUGAUAGAAGUUUUAGUGAAGUUAUGUACAGUCUAUCAGGAAAUCUUGGUGUAACUGGAAGAAGCCUCAAUGAUCGAUUCAGCUUUUAAGGAAUAACUUUUAAAAGAACAUUAUAUUUUGAAUUAAUAUUUUUAGACACUGUUAAAGUUACGAAAAUAUUUUUAAACACAUGAAUUAAUUUUCAAUAAUUUGUCUUUGUAGUAUUUAAAUCUAAAUAUAUAUAUAAUGGCA